UAUUUUUUUUUGUUAAUUACUCUGCAAUGUGCUUCCCUUGGCAGAAUGCCUGGGAAAUUACUUUACCAAAGCAGGGUUUAGAGAGAAACAAUUUAUGCCAGUAUGAAUCCUUUUGGUCAAGGGGAUUGUGAAGUGCAUCUUCCCCAAAAUAUAUAUUUUAGGAUGAUGUUCACUGGAGCCCUGCUUGACUGCAGGAAGGGUUCAGAGCAGAACUGACUCAAGAUGUAUCUUAAUUUCAUUAUGACUUCUUGAAAUGCUUUAAUAUCCACUGUUUCAGUCAUAGUGUCUGGAAAAUGUCUGUGUUCUCCAAGGCUUAGCCAAGAGCUUGUGAACAUCUGGGAUCGUUUUGGUCAGGUCUAUUUGGCUUUGCAAAGGGCUCUGAAAUGCAUGUGUACGUUGGGGUGCUUUCCUGGGGAUCUCACAGACAGGGUCUGCUCCAGGUUUAGAGUUUUGGGGAGUCUGUGGUUUGCAGGGGAAUCCUGACCAUGGAGGAGGAAGCGGCAGGAUGAAAACACAAGCAUUUGUUCUGGUGCUGGGUGAAGCCAGGACCCACCUCUGGGGCUGGGUAACCCACAGCCUGGUAACCCCCAAGUUAUCCAAAGCUGUUGCCAUCAGGCUGCAUUUCCUGAUUUUCCCUCAUCUGGGAACUGGAACUUGAAAUAGCAAAAACCAGAACAUGCAUGCUCAACCCUUAACAGAUAUGUGGGUUGGAGACAGGGAAUGGUUUUGGUGAUUUGAAAGGGCAGAUGAGCUGAUAGGGAAGCAUUUCUUUGAUGGGCUGUUAAGACAGACUUUACUGCGAAACACAUGCCUAUCUCAUUAGGACAGGCUUUGUCAGGCCUUUCCUGGCAGAGGUUGUGUGUGAUGGCUUCAAAAUAAGCAAUGCUUUGUGCAGUCAUCUUGUUGACGGGAACCUAAGCCCAAAUCCCUGUCCUGCCUGACUUUUUACAAGUGUUUUUCAGUGCAGCUCUUGAUUUCAUCAUAAUGCAAUCUGGGAUAUUUCUGAAAAUGUCCAAAUCAGCUUUUCACCUUAAAGUUGUUUAUAUGGGUUCUGCUAGAGAUGUUGGCUCUUGAAAGCUGUUAACCCCAUGAGGGCUGAUGGUCAGAGACACACAUCUCUGAAAAUAUCCGUGGGUUGGUUCUCAUGUCCAUGGGGUAGAACUUGUGGAACUUAGGGACAUGGGGAUCUCUGGAAAAGGGUUGUUGGUGAGCAUGAACUCGAGGAGCCUGCUGAGCUUCCAGCAGCUGGCUGUGUGAGGAAGCAGUAGCUGUUGGCUGGCUGUGAGCUCUGUGGCUCACCCUGUACCCCCAAGACGGUGCCAAAGGCACGAGGAUGUUAUGAAAGGUGCGAAUGCUUUGCUCAAGCAUUUUGUUUUCUGGGGGCUGAGGCAGAAAUCCAAAUGGUCAGAGCGCACUGUGAGUCUUGGCAGGAUCACACUGACACGGUGGCUGCUCCUUUCCCUGCUGAAAAGGCAGGGGAAUCUCUGCUGUCCAGGCAGCUAUUGCUAUGUGCAUGUGGCCAAAAAUAGUAAUGAAACAGCAUUCCCAUCUAGUUCCCGACAGGGUGUUGUACUAGUUUGUGUGGAAAAGCAACUCUGGUGUUCUCUGGGGUUUUCUUCUGGGGAUGUGUGCAGUCAGACUGGGACCCCUCUGUUGCUCUGCUCCGUGGCUGACGGGGAGCUGCAGCAGGCACAGCAAUCUGCUCGAUCCGUCUCGCUGCGCAUGUCCUGGCCCUGCUGAAUCAUCAGAACUUGUGUCUGGGCACAAUUGCUCUCUGUCAGCUGUGUCCUGGGAUCAGAGCAGCAUGGCUGGGGCCAGGAUAUUUUGCUAAAGUCUACAAAGCCAAGUAGCACUUUUCUGGGAGUCCAAGUGUAAACAUAACAAAACUUACAGGCUGAUGGAUUUUUUUUUUCCUGGUUAGUCCAUGGGAUCUAAAAUCUGUUGCUGCAAAAAGGAGGAGGCUUGCUAUUUGUUUUGUGGGCAUUUUUCUGCAUCUGGGAGCACUGGCAACAUAGCAAUAAAACCUAGGGGCCUGUUGGAUGUUUGGCUCCAGACAGAAGGCUGCAUGCAUGAGUGUGAUUCUAAGUGACUCAUCGGCCCACUGCUGCUUUUCUACCCCCAUUGCUUUUCUGGGGAGCUGAUUGCCCCUUCCAAAGCAUGGGUGGCACUUGCUGGUGUCCCAGUGACCCUGAGACUUUGGGGAAAUCUAAGCUGGGUGCUGGUGUGCACAGCACUGCCAAACUUGGCCUCACUGACCGCCAGCAGUGCUCCUGUUCACAGCCACAGCUUGUUCCACUCGCCACUUUCCUGGAGUUCCAUUGCAGUGCUGCUCUGAGCCUGUGCCCACUGUUUGCCUUGGGAAGUGGUGUUGCUGUUUCUGUGAGCUCCUCCCUUACCAGCCCUGUUCUAUAAUUACUGAUGUUCCUGAAACUGGAUCCUUCCACGUGUCCUGCUCAGGUUCAUGAGGACAAGGGGUCCCUAAGCAAACUGACUGCCUUGGAGUACAACCAAGAGGACUUCAGCAGUUUGGGAAAGCGUCAUCUUACAGUGGUUCAUUGAGUUCCAAGCCCCACUUUAGCCUCCUCACCUUUGGGAUGCUAAAGGAAAGGGGAAUAAUACUAGACAGUUUCUCUGGCGUGCAAGUGCCAGGUUUACUGUGUGAUCCCAAAGCAUUGCCACAGUUUCACAGCCACCUCUGCAGUGCCCUGGGCUGUGGGGGAAUGAUCCUCUCCCCUUGCCAGACUUAAUGAUCUUCUCAGAUAGCAGCACUUCUGUGCCAUUUCAAGCACUGAGAAGCCCCAGUGGUGUCACCUUUCCAGUACCUGCUUGUUGCCUGGCUGCUGUCCUUGUUCCGAUGGGUCAGACCGACGUGCCCUCCUGGCCAAAGAUACUUUGGGCUGUCCUGAGUUGACCGCUAAACACAAAUACCAGUCAGCAGUUGGCAGAAUGAGAUGUGCCAGUUUACUUCCUGAAAGUCAUCCUGGAAAUGCCUUGUACAGGAAUGUACAAUGGGAGAAGAUGGUCACAAGCAGUGCAGGGAGCUGACCUGGGGCUGGGCAGGGCAGACCUGCGAGUGUGACUGCAAACAGGUGUCAAAAUCUGUGAUACAGGAAUAAACAAUGACACUUAGCACUAAUCUAUUGCUCUGCACUUCCAAAAAUGCCAUCUCCAUGAGCUAAUGCAGCCAGGGAAUGAUCAGGAAGGAAGCACUGUAAAAGUCCUUGUUUCUUUGUGAUGGGUUUUGGUUUUGGUUGUUUUUUUUUUUUAUAGUCAAGAAAUGGAAAUAGGGGACCUGACCAGAUUUGCUGAAGGUCAUGGAGCAGCACUUCAGUUACGAGCUAAGAACUGUGCAGCUCUUCCCUGCCUGCCCUGCUGCUGCCCUUCAGCCAUGAGCCUGAUGAGGGCAGGGAGUCCUGUUGAGGGAUGAUUUCUCAGUCUUCCCAAUCUGCCAUCUCAAGAUUUUGGAGCACAUCCCAUGCAUGCUUUCUGCUGAAGCCAGGGACGGCUGCAACUCCUGGAGAGGAGCAGCCUAGCAGACCCUGCUUUGUGCAUGGCUGAGAGUUCAGUGCCCAAAAUCUGCUGUUUUUCUGUGUCUGCAAUACCUCUUACACUCUGAACAAAGCCAGCAGCAAGUUCCUUUUGGAGCAAAAUGUCAUGACCUGGUUUUGGGGACAGCAUCAAUCAUGGUACAAAAAGAGAAGAAUCCAGCAAGUUUCGUAACCUUUUUAAUGAGCUGGCUUUUUCCCCCCUCAGUGCCCAGGAAGUGGGCGAGUUAAAACGUGCAAUAGAUGCGUGAUUCAUUUUGGCAAGCCAGGCUGCUCAAGGCAGCUGAGGGAAUCUCCUGCACCCUGUGUCACAAGUCCCACAGUAAUUAGCAGCAGCUAAUGGUCAUGGCAGCUCUGGCAGCACCCCUCUGCUUAAUGAGCCCAGCUCACUCUUGGGAAAGCACAGGUGGUCCACACUGAGCAGCCUGGGAGAGAGAAUCACAGGACUGGGCUCUGGGGCAUGGUACAGCAUCUAAACAGAUGCUUCAGGGGGAAAAAUCUGGCCCAGAACAUCCACCCUGGUCAGUGCUGUGUGGGAGGGCUCUUCCUUGCUAGCUGUAGUAGUUUAUUUUUGUGUGUAGCCUGCCUUGAGGCCAAGACUUUGAGUAAGGAAGGAAACACGCAGCUACUAAGUGUUGCUGAGAUCUCAUUGGCUAAUAGAUCUUACAGGAGCAAACAUAAACAUGUUUUCAGUGUUUGUCUCUCCUGUUUUGUACUCUCAGUUACCUUUCCUGUAUUGCAGCAUCUGCUUAGCUCUUAUUUGGCUUUUAUUAGUAGUAGCUGACAAGUAGGAGGAGGAACAGAAACUGGUACUUGAUCAGCAGAUCUUGGAAGCAGUGACACAACCUAAGGAAGUCUGCAAAAGGUGGUCAGCCAGCAGCAAUCACAUCUCUUUUAUGGAUUCAGGCUAGCAGGAACAGCCUGGUGGGGUCCAUCUUGGAUAGACGCGGAUGAUGCCAGAGCUAUGACAGGGAUUGCAGUCUUGGCACUGAGGGGUGAUCAAUUAUGGAACAACUACAGGAGGAAGUACCUGAGGUCAAGGAAGAGGAAGAGGAAGAGGCAGUGAUGGUGGCAAGUGGAGCCUCAGACCCAACUGGAGGACCAGACAGCUCGCUGCCUUCAAGCAGCUACACAGACCUGUCACAGAGCUCCUCUCCCUCGCUGUCGGACCAGCUGCAGAUGGGCUGCGAGGAGGCGGCGCUGGGAGCGCUGAACGUGGAGUGCAGGGUCUGCGGAGACAAAGCCUCGGGCUUCCACUACGGCGUGCACGCCUGCGAGGGCUGCAAGGGUUUCUUCCGCCGGACGAUCCGCAUGAAGCUGGAGUACGAGAAGUGUGAGAGGAGCUGCAAGAUUCAGAAGAAGAACAGAAACAAGUGCCAGUACUGCCGCUUCCAGAAAUGCCUCUCGCUGGGCAUGUCACACAAUGCAAUCCGCUUCGGGCGCAUGCCAGAGGCAGAGAAGAGGAAGCUGGUGGCAGGGCUGACAGCGAGCGAGAUCAGCUGCCAGAACCCACAGGUGGCUGACCUGAAAGCUUUCUCCAAGCACAUCUACAACGCCUACCUGAAGAAUUUCAACAUGACCAAAAAGAAGGCAAGAGGUAUCCUGACCGGCAAGGCCAGCAGCACCCCACAGCCUUUUGUGAUCCAUGACAUGGACACCCUGUGGCAGGCAGAGAAGGGGCUGGUGUGGAAGCAGCUGGUGAACGGCAUCCCCCCCUACAAGGAGAUCGGGGUGCACGUCUUCUACCGCUGCCAGUGCACCACGGUGGAGACCGUGCGGGAGCUCACCGAGUUCGCCAAGAGCAUCCCCAGCUUCAUAGGCCUCUACCUGAACGACCAAGUGACUCUGCUCAAGUACGGCGUGCACGAGGCCAUCUUCGCCAUGCUGGCCUCCAUCAUGAACAAGGAUGGGCUGCUGGUGGCCAACGGGAACGGCUUUGUGACCCGCGAGUUCCUGCGCAGCCUGCGCAAGCCCUUCAAUGAGAUCAUGGAGCCCAAAUUUGAGUUUGCUGUGAAGUUCAACGCGCUGGAGCUGGAUGACAGUGACCUGUCCCUGUUUGUGGCUGCCAUCAUCCUGUGUGGAGACCGCCCUGGCCUGAUGAACGUGAAGCAGGUGGAGGAGAUCCAAGACAACAUCCUGCGAGCGCUGGAGUUCCACCUGCAGUCCAACCACCCAGAUGCCCAGUACCUCUUCCCCAAGCUGCUGCAGAAGAUGGCUGAUCUGCGACAGCUGGUGACAGAGCACGCCCAGCUGGUGCAGAAGAUCAAGAAGACAGAGACAGAGACAUCUCUGCACCCACUUCUACAGGAGAUCUACAAGGACAUGUACUAAGGACCUGUUAUUUAUGAGAAUGAAGCCAUGGAUUCCCAUCAAGACUCUUUGUACAGAAACAAAGAAAACCCUUCCCAGUGUCUUCCAUUUCUCCUACUGGAAACUCUUUUCUAUGUGACCCUGACAUAUGGUACGUAGGGCAAGAUGCCGUCAGGAUCUGCAGGUGCCUCCUGCUCGGCCAGGGCUUCCGUUAACACACACUAACAACUCUGCAGUGCUGCUGUUCCCGUUCCUGUGGCCCAGCUCCAGCUGCUCCUGAAAGUGGAGCGGCCGCCCAGUUUACGUGGCUCGGGCAGCGAGGUCACUGUGGCACCUUGGGUCCCCAGGGUGGGGAGCCCUGGUCCUUAGGAGGGCCAAGGGGGUGCAGGGGCCAGCGGGGCUGACUGCAGCACUUACAGGUGUCUGUAUUCUCUUGUUCGUUUGCACUCCAAGGAUGUGGUCCUGAGCCAUGAAGUUUGGGACAGUGUGAUGAGAGGAUGUUUCUCUCUUUCCCUAAGAAAAGCUCUGGAGUAUUUGAACACAGGUAGGGCUGUCCCAGGGGAGACCCUCAGCUGCAGCCCCCACCGUGCUCUGCAGUGUGUUCCUGUCUCCCCACAUUCCUGUGGGGAUGUGUGAACUCUGCCUUCCUGGGUGCUGUGUGGGAGCCUUCGCUCCUGGCACCCUCAUUCUGUAGGGAAUAUGUCCCUUGGCACCUCAGUAGGAGAGAGGCUGGGAUGGGGAAGUAGGAGUGAAAGGAUUUGACUCCUUAAAAUUCACUUUCAGAGCAGAGUCACGGAAUCCGUGGCUUCCACAGGCUGCUCUGCACAGACAUGGGUUACAAAAAAGGUGUGUGGAGGGUCAGAGGCCUUGAGCUGGUCAGGGUCUGGUGUCCUGCCUCAGUUUCCCCUCUGUGAAAGGGACCUGGAUUGUCACAUGCUGUCUGCUCGGAGCAGGGGCACAAGGAUCUGUUAGUGCAUUGGUUGCAGAGCUGUGCAGCUGUAAAUGCCAAGGAUUUAUAAACAGGGAGGGGGGUGGUUGGGAUGCUCACAAUGAGCAGGAGCUUCCCGGUGAGCGUGGCUGUGUCAGGGAAGCUGCCAGUCCACCUCUGCCACUGUUCCCAAGAGUGGAGCAGCUCCAGGCUUAGGGGUCUGCCUGAUCCCAGCACCAUUCUGGGACUUUACCUCACAACUUCUCACAGCUGUAGUGAAACACCACGGUGCUGCCUGGGCCAGGCAGGCCCCUGGUGUGGGGGCUGUGUCCCUUGGGCUUUGGGCAGGGGGAGGAUAGAUCUGGGAAUGGCUCAGUUUCCCUUUCAGGAUAAUGGUGUCUCACCUAAGAAGCAGCACUUCUCUGUCUGCAGCUCCUAGUCCCUUGUGUCCUGAGCAGCCUUAUUAAAAUACUGAUAUUCCCUAGGAGGGGUUGUGGGAGCAAAUUAUUCGGUUUUAUUUUACUUUCCUCUUCUUCAGGGUAGCAGAUUUCCCUGGUGCAAUAAUUCCUUGAAAACCCAAAGGGGAAGAGCACUAGGCUUUCCCUCCCCAUCACAGGGCUGGUCGGUCCCAAACCUCCCCCUGCUGCCACACUCCUCAGUUUGCCGUGCCUCAGUUUCCCUGCCCAGCCCUCCCCUCCCUACCUCGCAGGGGUGUUGGGAAUCACCGUUUCUGAAGCACUUUGAAGCCCUCUGGGGGAAGGCACUGGACACAUGAGUGUGCAGGUGGGAGCCCAGGGAUUUGUCCUUCCCAAAAUCCCGGUGGUGUCCCCACCUCGGUCGCAAUGCAGGACUCGUGCCCAUCACCUGGGAAACUUUUUGCUCUUCCUUCCUCGACAGUAUAACAACCCUCAAACUGAAAUGUAUAUUUUUGCUAGAAGUACAAACCUCCAAGUGUUUUUAAUAAUAUAAAUAGUGUCCACAAACUGACUUGACUUUAAAUAAAUCUGAACUAAAUAUUUAAGAA